UGAAAACCUUGUAGAAGAGUAUGGUAAUGAUUUUUGUUGUGUUUUGGUCCCCUCGGUUAGACUUGAUUAAUAAGAAUAGUUGGAUGCGAUUAAAAACUUUUUUGUUUUUUCGGAGUAGAUAUAAUACGGAAAGAAACGACGGUUGAAGGAGGGAGAGGACGAGGGGACCAGAGUGUUUGCGACAUCCGGUUUGCCGAAAUGAAAGUAAGUUGGAAGAAGACAACGAAGAAGAAGCGUUGUUUGGAGGCGUUGCCACAGUUCACCGACCUGCCUUUCGAGCACAAUCAAGACGAGCAUCCCCUUUACCCUCAGCCCCAUCCAGAACGACAACUUGCUAAGGAAUUUCAAGCUCAGGGAGACAAGCUUGCUCUGCUGAAUGAAUGCAGAUUUCCAGGAUGCUGUGGUUGGAGUUCUUCCAGUGCUGAUUCGACUGUCGGAAGUGUUAUAUAUACUCAGCAUCUUGAAUUACAAUGUGAUGGGAAGUACCGGGAAGCACUGGGUAAAUGGGAAUCUGCUCUUACUUUGACCCCUGAUCUUUCAGUUUUGCAUGAACAAAAGGCGCAAGUAUUACUGGAAAUUGGAGAUGCUUGGAAUGCAUUGAAGGCUGCCACACGAGCUACAGAACUGGAGCCAUCGUGGGCUGAGGCUUGGCUCACACUUGGCAGAGCACAGCUGAACUUCGGUGAGCCAGAUAAUGCUAUUGAAAGCUUCGACUCAGCUUUAGCUCUCAAGCCUGAUUUUGAGGAAGCACAGGAUGAUAGAAAAACUGCGUUGCAUCUCGUGAAAAAGAGAAAGCAACUUCACUCUAGUGACACCAGUACUCGUUAUGUGGUAGGCAAUAAGGGUGAAAGCUCAUGAAGCUUUAUGCAACAGGGAAGAAAAUUAAUUAUCCAAAUAUUCCAUUUGUUGCGUAUCCAAUUGUGAUUUGUGAACAACUUCACAUAAACUUAGUGGGUUACUAGUUAAAUCAGUGGGUCCUUGGUCCA